AUGUGUCAGCGGAAAAUCGCUGAAGCUUUCUCUGUAGCGAUGUCAACUGUUGGGAACAUCGGUAAGAACAGGAUCGAGAUUCUAAGAGCCUGGAAUGAAAACUGUUGCAGUGAAAGAAAAAGUAAAUUACGUGAAAGUGAAAAUGAAGAACUCAAUAACAUGGUUUUUGAGUUUUUCUGUAAAUGUCGUUCUAUCGAUAUUGCAGUCAGUGGACCUAUGCUUCAGUCAAAAGCUAAAGAAAUAGCAGAAAAGCUUGGUAUAGAAAAAUGUCAAGCUAGCAACGGUUGGUUGGAAUUUUUCCAAAGAAGACGCAACAUUAAUUUUCUGAUUCUCUGUGGCGAAUCAGCAGCAGCGGAUUUAGAAUUAGCAGCGGACUGGAAGUCAAAAUUGCCGAAUUUAUUGAAGGAAUACACUCCUGAAGAUCAAUUCAACGCUGAUGAAUUCGCAUUACUUUAUCGAAAGUUGUCAAGAAAAAGCUUGGUGAUCAAAGGAGAAAAAUGCGCAGGUGGAAAGCUUGCAAAACAAAGGUUAACUGUACUUGCCUGCUGCAGUUCUACUGGAGAAAAAUUGAAGUCAUUGGUCAUCGGAAAUGCUGAACGACCUUGUGUAUUCAAGGCAAAUGGAGUCGAUCCAAAAAAUCUUCCCGUUACUUGGCGUUCCAAUAAGAAGGCAUGGAUGACUGGAAAUUUGUUUGAAGAGUGGCUCACCGAUUUGAAUCAACAAAUGAAAAAGCCGAACCGGAAAAUCCUGUUACUUGUUGAUAAUGCCCCUCGUAACAAUUAUACAAAAAUAUUGAGCCAUGUAAUAGUGAAAUUCCUCCCACCUAAUCUAACAUCGGAAGUUCAACCGCUGGAUCAAGAAAUAAUACGAGCUGUUAAAGCUAAAGUAACAUUGCGCUAG